CACAUAUAUAUAUAUAUAUAUAUGUAUAUAUACACGUCCAAUGAUUAGAUCAUGAUUUUUGCCCUCACCUGUUCUCUUCGAAGAGAAUUCAUUAGAUAAAAUUCGUUCAACACCAAAUUUUAAAAUUUUCGGACGAUUAACUUUUUCCAAAACAUUUGUAUUUUCACCGUUCAUCGUUCUUGAAUAAAACUAUAAUUUUACUACGUUGACAAUAGAUGAUAUAUUUUUUCCAUCACUGUUUGAUACACAAUUUAACAAUGACAGAAGUUAUAUGAAUAUGAACAUGUUAAAUGUUAAUCACGCACGACGGAAUGAUCACUGAGAAAAUGCAUAAGGGAAUCUAACGUUUUGCUUUACUUAGCUUUGCCUUCCCAGAGAAGCCAGAUUUUAGAGGAGAGUUAAAAAUUCGAGUCAGCUUGGUACAAUUUCGUCUUUCUCAUUGGUUCACGAAAGUGAUGUAGGCGUGGCUGGUUUGAAGACUCCUUCUUCCUCCUUCGAAGAUGAUGAUGAUGAUGAUGGUGAUAAUCUCUCUCUCUCUCUUUCUCUCUUUCUCUCUCUCUUUUUUUUUCUCUCUCUCUCUCUCUCUCUCUCUCCAAUGAUUGUUACAAAUUGAUCCAACUUUAUUCUUAAUUACUAAUUCGAUCUUUCAAUAUAAAUCGAUCGUAAAAUAUUUAUUAUCAGUAUUGUUUAAAAAUAAUUAAAUACAUUAAUAGAAUAUAUUUGAAAUAAUUCGCAAUGAAUUCACUUUUUGCUUUGAUAUUUUAAGAAAGCUUUUUAUAAUGAUCGGCUACCGAUUUCUACGGUAUGAAAAAAUAUUAAUGUAUUAAAAAGAAAGACAGAAAGAAAAAAAAAAAAGAAAUAAAAAAAAAAAAAAAAGAAAAAAAAAAUUAAAGAAAGAAAAUGUUAGAGAGACGUCUAUGAUACCUCCGGUGGUAGCCAUAUGGUUAUCUUUCUACGUGGGCCUUUAGAGUAUACAGUCACUUAGGUGUUUAUUUGAAGAGCCAUGUUUGAAGCAGCCUCUACCCACACGCCAAGAAUAUUCUUCGGGAUAUGUACACAUCGUGGUCCUCUAUUCGAUUUUAUUAGGUUUUAGGAUUUUCGAGGAUCCACCGGAUUUGUGAUAAUCAAAGCUUCGAUUGAGUCGAUUCGAGCCAAUCGACGCUUUUAUAGUGAAGAGCUGAUGUAUCUAACUAUUACCUUUGAUUCUGUCUAAUCUAUGUCUAAUAUUAUAUCUUUUUCUUCAGAUUGAAAUAUUCAUUGAAAUAUAUAUGAUUUUUUUUAUAUGAAAUUUGUUAAUGUUCGAAACGUGCAUAAGUACGAGAUAGCAUAAUCAUUCCUUGAUAAAGUUUAUCCGUUUGAAAAUUAUUUUCCAUUGGAUCCAAAACGAGAAGAUUCCUUUUAGGUCGUUGAUACUUCUGUAAAUUCUGUAAAUUCUACGAAAAAGAUGAGAGAAUCAGAAUUUAUGGUGUCUAGAGGAGAAGAAAGAGAGAGAGAGAAAGAGAGAGAGAAAGAGAGAGAGAGGGGGAGAUAUAUAUAUAUAUAUAAACAAUAAAAUAAUACGAUCGUGGAUUUACCGAAAAAACGAUGACGUUCCCAUUGCCAGUUGAGUUUGUAUUUCGCCUAAUAGCUGUAAUGAUUAAAGUUAAGAGAUAACCACCGAAAGCCAGGAAGGAAAGUGCAGUGACAGCUAAUUGAAAGAUUUUGGAAAUCUUCGUAUCUUUGCCCUUUUCUUCAUAAUAAUCGCUUCCAUGACGUCUUAUUGGGAUGUUCGAUAAGAUAAAAACUGGUUUUCGUUACGCGAACGAUUACUUGAAAAUCGUCAAGGAUGUUGCCAAUCUUGUAUCUCAAAGUUUAAAUCCUGAAAAGGAAGAAUCUUCUAAACGUGGAGAUCGCGGAGGGGAUGAUAAAAAUCAAGAUUUUGGUCCAACCAACGUAAUCUCAGCGUUCUUCAGAUUACUCGGUCUUGAUUCACAAAAGAUCGCAGCUAUUGCAGUGAACAGCGUUAUUUUUCUUGCACAAAUGAUCAGUUCUCUUUUUGGAUUACCACCAGUGAAAGAUGAUAAAGUUGAUCAAUCCAUUAAAACUGAGUCACCUUGGGAUCCAUUGAAAUUUAUCCUAGAGAAUAAAAAUGAUAAAAUGACAAAAUUGAUCGAGGAGGCUCGUAACGAGGCACUUCCGGAUCGAUUGAUGGACACAAUAGAUGGUUUCGAUUCAGCUUGCAUCAGAUUGUUACUUUGUAAAGCAUCAAUAGUGAUCAGAUCUGCUCAAGAGUCUCUGAAGAAGAAGAAGUCAAACGGGAUUCGUUCGUUUACCGCUUGGCUUCCGUCUAAAGAAGACUUCGAGAGGAACUCCGAUGAGUAUACGACGAGACUCCAAAAUUUUAUCCACGGUAGAUACAACACAUUUUUACAGAGGAAACGAGGAGGAAAAGAGGAUAGAAUCACAUCGGCGUUAAAUCGGAAAAACGUCUUCCUUAGGAGCAGAAGGAGGAGAAAGGAGGGAAGGAGGAAUCGGGAGGAUGGGGGAGGUGUCCGGGUCUUCUUCUCGUCCGUCGGAUAUCGAAGAGUACAACACACAAUUUUCCUCGGACCACUAACCCGCUACAAAAGACGUCUUCUGCCGCUGACAAGCAUUCAACGAAAACCCUCCUGCGGGAAGAAUGUAGUUCCUUGCUGAUGGUAUAAGAAGGACUACGUACAGGGCACGAGACUUUCUCCCUCUCUCUUUCUCUCUCUCUCUCUCUCUCUCUCUCUCAUUUUCUUUCUCUUUCUUACAUACACACGCUCUUAGCUUUCUCAGGCUCGCGACAAUAGGAGGAACGAAACGACUUUUCCAAGUUGGACCUUUGACAGGACAUCCGAACUCUCGUCUAACGUUAGAAUCUCGAUCCCUUUUCUUUCCUAAAUUCACCGAUAGAAAUUCGAGCAAUUUCCUAAAUGGAUCCUUUCUUAUCAAGAAAUUGAGCCGCAUCGAUUAUAAGAUACAACGAUGAGGAAGCUUCGAUACACAAUUCGUUCUAUCUCAAAAAGAAAAAAAAAAAGAAAAGAAAAAUGAAAAAAGAAAAAAAAAGAAAAAGAAAAGAGAUUAAAUAAAGAUAAGCGAGAAUGGUACUUUAGAUUAUUAAGGAUCUCUUUAAUAAGACGAUACGAAGGAUAUUCAAAUGGAUAUUUAUUAUCCAUUGGAUUUGAUCGAAUGGACGCUGUGUUGUAAUUAGGAAACAAACUUCUUCGUUUGAAUGAAAUAUUGCUAAAUUCUUCAGAGGAUAAUAAGAAAGAGAAAGAUAAAGGUAGAUAGAUAGAUAGAUAGAUAAAUAGAUAAAUAGAGAGAGAGAGAGAGAGAGAGAGAGAGAGAGAGAAAGUUGUGAAAUAGAAGAAUGAGGGAAGGAAAACGUAAUGGCUUUACUGUUUGCAGUCAACGGAGCAUACAGCCAUUUUCUAUGGAGAGUUAGCUCGUUAGCGUUUUAACGUAAUUGCAUCACUCGUAACUGCUGUGCCCUGAGGGGGGAUCGAGCUGGCUGGGCUUGCAAAGUCGCGUGAGUCAUUUCGAUUGGAUCGAGAAAUUAAGACUGGCAAAAUGGCGGCCGCACGAAAAUGCCUUUCGAGAGAAGGGUUCGAGGAAAAGAGAGGGAGAGGGAGAGAGAGAAAAAGAGAGAGAGAGAGAAAGAGAGAAAGGGGGAUUCAAACGAAGGGGGAGGACGGGGAGAGAACCGAAAUAUCGGGUGCACCGUUCCGAUCUCUGUAAUUACGUUCUCCUCUUCUCGAUAAUCCCUCUCCCAUUAAUUCUCAUCGACAGAAUUACGUCAUCCUCA